CAUGUCUGUUAGUAUUAGUACAAUUCAGGCAAUUUUUCCUCUCAUGUAUUAGUAUGUGUGUGGUAUUGACGUUUGUUUGUUUGAGUCAAUUCAGAAGUCGCAAGUGAUAUGGAUGCCGAAAUUUUUAUUUCGCUGCUAUGGAACAAGUUAAGUAAUGAACCUUUCUGAUCAAAGCGAAGCAAUGGUCACAGGCGCACGAGGGCAUCAUGGAGUAUAUUGCCAUGGAUUGUGUUAUUAACGACAACUUCCCUUAUUCUAAAUCAGUAUUGAUCGAGAUCAAGGAUGUGAAACAAAUUUCCAAUUGGUUCAUCAAGGGCAAAAUUUUGAGCGACUUCAUCCAGCUAAAUGUGAAGUUCGACCUGACCCGGAACACGAUCUAUGUUCCCCUGUCCGACACAAAAGUAUCGGUUCAGAUAGAGCGAAAUCACCCAGUUGUUGGUAUUUCUGAUUCGUCAUUCAUCGCCCACGAUCCGCUUAAUAACAGCUGUGCGUUGAAGCGAAAUGCGUUCGAGAAGCUGCCCUUGCUCCAGGAGUACGUGCACCAGGAAUUGCGACAUAUGUAUGCUGAGCACGUUUCUGGACGAAGAGAUAGUGAGAUAGUGUUUGAAGGAAAAUUACUAUGUAAUUUUAAUCGUAAGAAUUAUUACUGCAAUGGUGGAAUAAAAUAGACAGUCUAGAAUGGAUGAAUAAGCAUAUAUUCUCUCGUAGGUAAAUUCUAAGGAUAAUCACAGGAACUGAACACAUACCACAUAUAAUUAAGUAGCCCCCCCCCCCAGCUUGUUACGAAAUGAUAUAAUUAUUGGUUCAUCAAAUUGUACACUUUUCUCUAACCGUAUUUCUGAGACUGUUGAAAAAAUAUGUGGCAACAGAGCGUGUGAAAUAAAUCAUGCUAGUUGUGUAUGUUUGGAAAUAAAAGAGCUUAGCUUGUGGAUAA